AUGGCCGAGGCGCAGUUCAUAUCAAUUGACGCUCCCCCUCGGGCAGGGCAGAGCGUCCAGCAUGAAGGGAAGGAAUAUACCACGAUCAAAGAGGGACUUGCGCAUAUACUCGUGCCCCACGGCACGCCCACCUCAUUGGACCCGAACCUGUCCAAAGAGGAUACACAGAAACAGCAAGUCUUUUACAACCCGAUCCAGCAGUUCAAUCGCGAUCUGAGCGUGCUGGCGAUCAAAACCUUCGGCGAGGACUCGAUCUUGCGGAAGCAGGAAAGGCACGAGCAGCAGAAGAAGAAAGCGGACAAGAGGAAGAAGAAAACACAAAAGGGCGGGCCUCAGGACGGGCUAACUGCAGAGGCCUUCGUGGCACCAGCCGACGGUGCUGCGGCAAACAAGAGAAAACUGGGCGACACCGAGGCCGUCGCAGAUGCGGAAGAGUCGGCAGCAAAGCGGAGAAAGAGCGUGCAGGAGGGCGCGGAUACUGCCAUGACUGGUGUCGAGGACACAGGCAGUGCCACCACAGAAGUCGGGAAGCCCACCGAGCAAAUUACCUGGAGACCACCCUUCACCAUUCUAGACGCUCUAUCUGCGACUGGCCUUCGUGCGCUGCGAUAUGCGAAUGAGAUCCCCUUCACAACCUCGGUAACAGCCAAUGACAUGUCGGAAAAGGCCACGCAGUCUAUCGCGCUUAACGUCAGGCACAACAAGCUCGAAAGCAAGAUCCAAGCACACACUGGCAAUGCGAUCGCCUACAUGUAUAGUUUCUGUGACAAGAAAGGAUACGAUGUGAUCGAUUUGGACCCAUACGGAACUGCCUCUCCCUUUAUAGAUUCAGCCAUACAAGCCAUCAACGACGAUGGCCUGCUUUGCGUCACAUGCACAGACUCUGCCAUUUUCGCCUCCCAUGGUUAUCUAGAGAAGACAUUCUCUUUGUACGGUGGUUUACCGUUGACCGGUGAUUCCUGUCAUGAGGGUGGUCUCAGGCUGAUCUUGCAUGCUAUCGCGCAAUCAGCUGGGAGGUAUGGCAUGGCUAUAGAACCCCUCCUUUCCCUUUCCAUCGACUACUACAUAAGAGUUUUCGUAAGGGUGCGAAAAUCCCCUAAUGAUGUCAAGUUCCUUGCUGGCAAGACUAUGCUCGUAUACCACUGUGAUGCCGGCUGCGGUGCAUGGAAGACGCAGUUUCUGGCUCGGCAUAGGGAACAGAAGGCGAAGAACAACAGCACCUUCUACAAACAUGGCUUCGCCCAUGGUCCUUCUGCAGAUGAACACUGCGAGCAUUGCGGGUUCAAGACACAUCUGUCUGGUCCAAUGUACGGCGGUCCCCUACACAAUCCCGACUUCAUCAAGCGCGUUCUCGCACAAUUGAAGAGUGCAGAUCGUGAGACGUACCCCACUAUGGACCGCAUCGAGGGCAUGCUCCACACGGCACUAGAAGAGAUAACCUUUGGUGUUGAAGACGGAGCCAGCAAAGGCAAAGAGUCUGAAAAACUAGAUCCACUGAUCCCAAAAGCGGAUCCAGGGGUUUUGGAUCGCCACCCGUUCUUCACCACGACCAGUUCGUUGUCCAGAGUUGUGCACUGCUCAGCUCCACCCACCGCAGCCGUACGAGGUGCGCUUCGGCAUGCCGGGUUCAGGGUGACCAUGAGCCACUGUCGACCUGGUUCUAUAAAGACGGAUGCAUCGUGGAGGGAUAUUUGGCACAUAAUGCUCGAAUGGGUUCGCCAAAAGGCGCCAUUGAAGAACGCUCUUAAGCAGACGAGCGCCGGUCACGCCAUCAUGUCGAAAGGCAGCGCGCAUACAAAAACACCAAAUGAACAUGAACAGAAAGACUCCGCCUCUGCUGCCGCGGAGGCAGACACACAGGCCGCAAACCUGCCGGAAAACGGUGACUUGCCGGGAACGAGAGGCGGGUCAACUGAUGGCCCGUCAUACCUGGGUGUCCAGUUCGGCGUCAAGUUCGACGAGAGACUUGGCAAGGACCAGGAUCGAGGAAAAUACGUGCGCUACCAGGUCGCUCCACGCGAGAACUGGGGCCCCAUGUCGCGCGCAAAGUAGACCUGGACGCGCGUUGAAGGCGGUCGUAA